UGGAGACGUUGAAGGGGGAAGAGCCCGCGCACGGGAGCCGCGGUGGGAGAGGGUUAGCCCGCGGCGACGGCUCGGCCGUGCGGUAGUAGUAGGGGGCGAGAGGCACGGACCUAGAUCGGAUCCAUCGGCACCUUCCGUUCAAGCCGCAGCCAUGGAAGGCACUACGCGGUUCAAAUCCUAACGGCCGGUCUACGCGCGCAACCAACCCGAGCAGGGAGUGAGGAAGGGGCAACAGGCGGCGAGGCCCGGCCCGGCGGUGUCCACCGUCACCGCACUCGCAACCGUCGGCGUGGAGGUCGAGGGGACGGACGAAGGGUUCUGGGGCCCAGCCAUGGACGAGCACCCGGCAGCCGGGGUGUUCUUCGGCAACAACUCGGUGUUAAGCGGCGCCGGUGGAGGCCCGGGCCCGGGCAUAGGUGGCCGGAGCCUGCAGCCGCAGCCGGGGGUGGAGGGAGAGACGCAGCGGCCGCAGUACAACAUCCCGGGCAUCCUGCACUUCCUGCAGCACGAGUGGGCCCGCUUCGAGGUGGAGAGGACGCAGUGGGAAGUAGAUAGGGCGGAGUUACAGGCACAGAUUUCUUUCUUGCAAGGGGAGAGGAAAGGUCAGGAAAACUUGAAGAAGGACCUAGUCAGAAGAAUUAAAAUGCUUGAAUAUGCUUUAAAACAGGAAAGAGCAAAACAUCAUAAAUUGAAAUACGGCACAGAGUUGAAUCAAGGAGAUAUGAAGCCUCCAAAUUAUGAUUCUGAUGAAGGAAAUGAAAAUGAAAUACAGACCACACAAAAUAAUCAAUUAACAUGGAAGCAAGGGAGGCAGCUCCUUCGUCAAUACUUGCAGGAGGUCGGAUACACAGAUACUAUUAUAGAUGUGAAGUCAAGGCGAGCACGGGCAUUACUUGGCCUCACUGGUGAUGACCUAGAUAAAUUAUCUGAAAACAAGAGUCCGGAUUCUGUUAUAAAUGGUGGUGAAACACUUUUAAAAAGGACAGACAUGAUUGGAAAUUCUGGAGAAAAAGUUAAACCACUUCCGAAUGAUUCAGCAGAUGUGCUGGAAACAUUUAAAUUUCUGGAAAAUGCUGCAGCUGUAUUUAGUGAUGAUGAUGAGGAUGAUGAGAGUGAAGGAAAAGAGAGAACAAUUAUUGAUACUUCGUUUGACAAAGUCGUACCAGCUAAUACAAUAGAAGAUAUGGAUACCGAGGAAGCACUGAGAGAGUUUGACUUCUUAGCAAAAACAGCUGAAGAUGGGGAAGGAGCAGCAGAGCCCAGGCAUGCAGGCGAUGGAACAGAAUGGGACAAGGAAGAUGUGAGUCCCACACCAGAGAGCUGGGACGUGGACCAGGGACUAAUAACAAAGCUCAAGGAGCAGUACAAAAAGGAGCGAAAGGGGAAAAAGGGGGUGAAGAGGCCAAAUAGAUCAAAAUUACAAGACAUGUUGGCUACUUUAAGAGAUGUAGAUGAACUUCCUCCACUGCAAUCUUCAGUAAACUCUCCCCCCAGACCAUCUAACACACGGCUGACUGAGCAUGAAACUGGCAGGGCAGAAGAAGUUGAGGCGCUGACGUUUCCUCCAGGAUCAGGAAAAUCCUUUAUCAUGGGUACAGACGAAGCACUGGAAAACGCAUUGGGUCUUGGGGAAUUGGCGGGCCUUACAGUUGCUAAUGAAGCAGAUCCUUUAAAUUAUGAUAUCACGAACAAUAAAGAUGCAUUACGAAAGACCUGGAAUCCUAAGUUCACGUUACGGAGCCAUUUUGAUGGGAUAAGAGGACUUGCCUUUCAUCCAGUUGAACCUGUCCUGGUAACUGCCUCAGAAGAUCACACUGUGAAGUUGUGGAAUUUACAAAAGACUACCCCAGCCAAAAAGAGUGCAUCACUGGAUGUAGAACCCAUAUACACAUUCAGAGCUCACAGAGGCCCGGUGUUGUGUGUUGUGAUGAGCACGAGUGGGGAGCAGUGUUUCAGUGGAGGUACUGAUGGAUUAAUCCAGUGCUGGAAUGCCCCCAGUUCCACUAUAGAUCCCUAUGAUUCAUACGAUCCUUCUGUGUUGCGAGGUGCUUUGGAAGGACACACUGAUGCCAUUUGGGGUUUGGUGUACAGUGCAGCACAUCAACGCCUCCUGUCUUGUUCAGCUGAUGGCACCCUGCGGCUGUGGAGUGCCAAUGAAAUUGCACCUUCACUUUGUGUAUUUAAUGAAAACAAAGAAUCUGGAAUCCCUACCUCUGUUGACAUAGUCUGCAGUGAUCCUUCUCAUUUGGUAUCAUCAUUUGUAAAUGGACAGACCAGCAUAUUUGACAUGGAGACAUGCCAACGAUUCCUCACCUUCGAGUCUUGUGUUGAUGCUUCAUCUACAUGCCAAAUAAAUAAAGUCAUUAGUCAUCCUACACUUCCUGUCACUAUAACAGCCCAUGAGGACAGAUACAUAAAAUUCUUUGACAAUAACACAGGAAAAAUUCUUCAUUCAAUGGUAGCUCAUUUGGAUGCUGUCACAAGUUUGGCUGUGGAUCCAAAUGGCUUGUAUCUGAUGUCUGGCAGUCAUGACUCUUCAAUACGUUUAUGGAGCCUUGAGACAAAGACCUGCAUCCAGGAAUUCACUGCACAUCGUAAGAAGUUUGAUGAGUCUAUCCAUGAUGUGGCAUUCCAUCCUUCCAAAUGUUAUAUCGCUAGUGCUGGGGCAGAUGCACUGGCCAAAGUAUUUGUAUGAUAGUGUUCUGUAUUCUACUUCAGACCCUCUAUUUUCAAUUAGUGUCUAUGACACUGCCAGACAUUGGGUUAACAUUUGCUGCCCAGCACGCCGCAGUACUUAGGUUGUGGAGAUCACAAUUCUGAAACAGCCGUGCUUAGGUCCAAGGGAUUUAUUGUUUAUGUCUUUCCUUAAGUUAAUUUCUGUUAUCCUGGAGCUGCCUUGUUUAUCCAGGCAGGCCUGGGUAAAGCUGGCUUUGGGUAUAUUUCCCCACUCUUGGAGGAUUUGGCACACAGUACCUAGACGAAAGGUGAAGUUCGUUCUCUGUGCUGGGUAGCUGGCAGGAGUGCCUAUAGAGUGGAGUGGCAAGCUGCAGCAAUUCUAUGCUCAAAGGAGCUGUAAAAGUCCAACAGUCGAGUAUUUUCAAAGAUAAGAUGCCAAACAUUUGUUAAACAAUAAGGGAAAAAAACCUCUUAAACAAUUGUACAAUAAAACUGAAUGUUUACAUAUGGGAAACAAUAUCUGUAGUUGAUUAAUGUUCUAGCUGCCUGACUGUAUUAGACGUGCCAGCAGCCGUGUGGUCAGUGAACUCAUUUCUCCUUAAAGAACUGUUCAUGAAACUUUGAGGUAUAUUUGAAUCAUCAGUAAAUUUAAUGGCGUACAGCAACACUUCAUCUGGAGUUGUGAAUAAUUAUACAUUUAAGGCAUUUGUUUAGCACUUAGAUAAACACUGACAUUUUUAACUACAGUUACAAAAAGGUAUACUUUUUAAGCACAGUAGUAGAUUUGUGUCUUAAAUGGGACUUUAACAUUGGAUAUUUGAAUGUCUAAUCCUUUUACUAAAAGUACAUUUUAAAUUUAAUGGCCUGGAGAAGACAGAUUGUAAACACAGCAAUGGAAUGUUAAUAGUAUUAUUGUUGGGGUGAUUUUACUCUUGGGAUUUCUUUUGUAAUUAAUAAACCUUGGCAUUAACACUUCAUUAAACUGGUAUAUGAGCCUCGGGUUGAUGGUAUGAGACUAGAAUGUAGCACAGCGCUGUUUUAAGAGAUCUUGCUAAUUUGGUUUUCAAGUGACACGCCAUCAUUUUUAUCAGCAUGAUCUUGAGCCCAACCAAAUACUGCUGGACAUGAGGAUAAGGUAAUUUUACAGCAGUGAUUCUUUGUGCUGGAGGACAAAAAUGGCAUUAAAUUAAACUAUUUCCUUUUUUAAAAAUGUUUCAAUAUUCAGAAUGUUUGACUUCAGCCAACUUCAAAUAGAGAAUCCUGCUAUAAAGUUAGCUUGCUAAGAUUUCCCAUUUCUUGGUCAAGUAGCAAGCUAAUUUGGAAGAGAAACAUUUUAAAAAUGCAUUUAUGGGCAUAUUAAGUAUUUCAAAAUGGACCAUCCUUAAGACUGACAGUGAUAUGUAUUUGGAAGGACCAUCAAUGCAGUGACUGUGUCUGUGUGUUGGCCACAUUUGCUACUUCUACCUGCGUUUUUUUUAAGUAAUCAUGUUUUGAUCAAACUGCAUUGGAGAGGCUUCUAAGCAUCAUGAUUAUUUGAUACCUUCUAAAAAGAUUUUUUUCUUGUAAAAAGGCAGUUGUUAUUCUGUGAUGUAUUCAUCUCUUUUUUUCUGAAAUGGAAAGCGAUAGAUUUUAUUGGUAAUAAAAUUCUGAUAUUUCAGAAACUGAUGCAUUUAUAGUGUAUAAAUUUAGCCAAGUCAUCUGAUCUUUUAGACAUUGACAUGACAGUUCUCUGUCAGUGAUCCCACGAAAUUCCAAAAAAAAUCCAUCACAGGGACUCAGCUAUUCAAGGAGAUGGAUUUUUGUGUUGUGUUCAUUGAUAAUGUGUCCUCUCAAACUUCCAUGCUCAUUUGGUUAUGCGGGAGUGCAGUUGUUCAUAGUAAAGGACUGGUGAGGUUUUUCAGCUAAACACAUAGGCUCUUCAUUCCUUCAGUCUAAUUAAUCCCCUUUGUUAGUUACUUGAUUGCGUUCCCGUUGUUAGAAAUGUGGACUUGCACUUUUAUUUUGGUUGCCCUAAAAAUGUGUUUCACCAUUCCUUCAUUUAUAUAAAUUAUCUAUCUCCCUGUAUCAACAAUCCACUGAUGAAAUUGAAUGUCCAGAAAUAAUUUCUGUAUUGUUUAUGCACAAGAUGGAAGUUGCAUAAUUUGCUUCUCCCAACCCUCCCCCACUCCCACACCAGUUCCAUAUAUACAUAUUUAUAUGCCUCCUUGUACGUGGGUCCAAUUCUUCAUUGGUAGGGGAAGAGCUUUCUCACCUUAAGGAAAAUCUCUAUUCAACUAGAAGUAUUUUCCACUACAAGGUAUUUUUCAUGAACAAACUGUCAGCCUCUACAAUGUUGUCAUCCUGUCCGUAAUAAAGCUAUUUUAUCAUUUGGCACGUUGUAUUU